AGAUUUCAGACUCCUGUUUGGUGAGGCCACAGCCAACAAAUUUUUGGAGAGGUGGCCAACCACUUUCAGAGCAAGAGUCAUAAAAGAAAGCCAUGGACUGGUGCCUACCACAGAGCUCUUGGAUUUAAUGCGCAAUGCUGAGUCAACCGCUGAAGUUGAGAAUGGGUGGGAUAGUGACAUGUCUGCGAUUUUGCUGCUGCUACAUCUGCUACCACCAUCUGCGCAAGGUCGAAAAAGGCCAGGAAAGAUAUCUGCAUCUCAAGCUGUAGAUCACCUCAUCAGAUUUCAAAAGGCUGGAACCAGCGUGCAACAACAUCUGGACAACAUCACCCAAAGCAGUCAGCCCUAUCUUCUUGCGCAGGGAUCCACCAGAAGCAGCAUUCACUCAUACUUCAUUGUGAUCGACAAGCACGCACUUCCAUGCAAGGCAACGGGGUCAGUGGGAGCCUUUGAUGAACUCAUUAAAGCCCAUUACGUCUUUGGUACGUCAUACAGUUCUUCCCUGAGCAGCUUUUUCACUUUUGUGCAAACGACCAUCUACAAUAUUGACAUUGGCGAAACAAAGGAAACUCCCAGGAUUGCAGAGUUGCGAGCAAGAAUGUUGCAUUGAGUGAAUAACUUUUCAGAUCGAACCAUGAGGUGUUUUCUUUGCAAAAGUGACCAUGGAAGUCCAAACGGCCUUGUUAAGCACCUCAAGGUCAUUCAUGGUCUUUGUGCAGGCAGGACUCUUUAUCUUAAAUGUGGCCAAGUGGGAUGCUCACAUUCUUUUGGUAGCUUCUCUGGUUUUAGAAAACAUCUUAACAAGUGGCAUGUAAGCAGUUCUUUUGAGUCUGUUGAAGAUGAUUUUUCACAUCCCUCAAGCAUGCUAAACACAAGUAAUGCCACUCAUGUUGAAGUUUUAGCUGAAUACGAGUCAGAGACUGAAUCUGAGUUACCUUCGCCAGACCUUGUAAAUAGUUGUGCAGCUGUAAUUUCUGAUCUAAAGGCAGCAGGUGUAGGGCAAAGUACAGUGAAUUCUGUAGUGAUUUCCAUGGAAGAGCUAGUUCAAGAUAUCCAUCAGCAUGCAAAAGAAACAGUCAUUAAGACUGUAUUUAGUGAUGAAAGAGAAACUGAAAUGUGCAAGAAAGUUGUGGCAUGUUUUCAAGAGUUAGAGAACCCUUUCACAAUUCUAAAUUCGGAAUACAAAAGAUCAAAUUUUUUUACAAGCAAAUGGGAAACUGUAGAACCAGUUGAAUGUGUAGUUGGCUCGAGAUUUGAUACAAGGCGAAAUAAAAAGACUGGAACAUAUGAUCAGGUAGUAGUUCAAGAUACAUUUAUGUAUAUUCCAAUUUUAUCUACAUUGCAGUCAAUAUUUAAAAGUCAGUAUGCUGCAGAAAUGUUGAAAAGGCCAGCUACUGACAAUUCAAGACUCAGAGAUAUUUGUGAUGGAUCUUUCUUUAAGAGUCACCCUCUGUUUUCAACUGAAAAACACGCUGUACAGAUCCAAAUGUUCUAUGAUGACUUUGAGGUUGCAAACCCGCUGGGUUCCAAGAAAGGUAUUCAUAAAUUGGGUGCAAUAUAUUUUACUUUAAGAAACUUUUCUCCAAAAUGGAAUUCUUUUUUGUCUAACAUACAUCUGUGUGCCUUAUUUCAUGCACAAGACCUCAAACGGUAUGGUUUUAUUGAAAUUCUUGCUCCCGUUGUUCGAGACAUUAAAGUGUUGGAAAGUGAUGGUAUUGACAUUCCAUUAUACAGUGGUCGUGUACGUGGCAGUGUGGUACAGGUUACUGGUGAUAAUUUGGGUUUACAUGGCUUGUUUGGUCUGGUGGAGUCUUUCAGUGCAAGGUACUGCUGCAGGUUUUGUUUAGCUGAAAAAGAUGACUUUCAAACGGAAUUCUCUGAAGAUUCCUCCAAAAUAGUGUUACGCACCAAGGACAUGCACACUGCUCACUGUCAAGAAAUAGCUUGCAAUCCAUCUCUUCCUUACGUUUUUGGUGUGAAGAGAACAUGCUUACUAAAUUCACUGAAGUAUUUUCACACAACUGAGAACUUCUCAGUUGAUGUGAUGCAUGAUUUGUUAGAAGGGGUGGCCCAGUACGAAUUGAAGUGUCUGUUUGUGUAUUUAAAAGAAAAACAUGUUACAUUAGAGGAACUUAAUUCAAGAAUACAAAGUUUUGAUUAUGGAUUCAUGGAGAGAAACAAUAGACCAGUGGCAGUCAAUUUAAAAGAAGGGUCUAAUGAUCUGGGACUGAAUGCAAUUCAGUCGUGGUGCUUACUGAGGAAUGUUCCUCUUAUCUUUGGAGAUUUGGUCACUUCUACUGAUCAACACUGGGCCCUGCUUCUUUUAUUACUUCAGAUAGUAAACAUUGUAUUCUCUCCCUUGCUUUCUCAAGGUUUAUGUGUAUAUUUAAAACAUUUGAUUGUUGAACACCACAAACUGUUUAAGAAGUUGUAUCCCCAGAAAAGACUUUUACCAAAGCACCAUUUUCUUAUCCAUUAUCCCCGCUGCAUCCAGAAAAUUGGACCUGUACUUCAUAGUUGGUGCAUGCGGUAUGAAGGAAAGCAUAAUUAUUUCAAAAAACAGCUCAAGUCAUUCAAAAAUAUUACUAAAACACUGGCAAAAAAACAUCAGAAUCAUAUGGCAUAUAGUUGGCGAUCUUCAGCAACUUUCACACGAUUAGACAUUGGUCCAGGAAAAAUGGUGUCUUUAAAUAUGGUAAAAGGGGGUUCUGCGAUUGUUCAUGCAAUGCAAGUACCUAGUUGCAUUCAGGUUAUGAAAGUGAACUGGGCUAAACAGACUGGGUUUUUUUACCGCCCACUCAUGGUUAUUUGUGGCAAAGUUGAAUGUGAAAUUCCUCUGUUUUACCAGAUUGAGUCUGUUCUGAUUAUAAAUGAAAAACUGUUGUUGCUCACUUUGCCUUUAUUUACAGUAGCUUUUCAAGAACAUUUCCAUGCAUAUGAAGUGGCAAGGUCAAAGCAAGAUUUUAUGGGCAAUGCCAGCCCAUUCUCCAGAGCCUCCGCUCAGGGCAAGGCCCAUGUCUCGUCCGAGACUGGAAUGGCAGAAAUACCAGCCAAGACUGCCCAGGGAUGGACAGCGGACCCUGAGCAGCGGUUGUAG